GGCCUCGACCUCCCUCCUCCUCAGGCCCUGAGCUCUGUGUCCAGCUCCACUCACCUGAUGCCGCCUCCCUUGGCCGAGGGCACCACUGACUCAGGUGGAGACUUGGUUUCUUACAGUCAUUGUUCUUUCCCUGAGUCAUUUCAGAGUCAAGAACAGAGAACCUAAAUUAGUCUCUAAGGUUUAGUGACCAGAUAUUAGCUUGAGAAGGUAAAGUGAAUUUAUUGCAUAUGGAAGGGCUAAAAAAUGAAAAUAAAACUAACCAAGAAAACAAAAAGCCUUAUUUACCACUGGUAGUAUUUUUUUUUUUCUCUCUAAAACCAAAUAAGCUGCCAAGUACAUGAAAAACAGAGGAUUUUGGUUAGAAUUUUUGUAUUGUAAGGGAAAGGCCUCACAUCCAAUUUUGAAACAACUUCAAGAAAAGAUGGGCUGUGGGCCCAGACUUGUCUCCUCCUGGCUUCAGGUCUGGCUGCUUCUCCAAGAUGCUUUUCAUGUCAGCAUCAGUAGCCCUGACUUAGAUUCCCUUUAAUUUUUGUGGAAAAUAAUCACGGGACUCCCGAGUACUUUCCGGGCUCAGAUGGCACUUACCCUGCUCUUGCCUGUCCUCAGAAGGAAAGGAUUGGUUCUUCCAGGGCCCAUUUGCCCGUGGCCCUUUGUGGCAUCAGUGCGCCUUUCUGAGAGGUGAGCCCGGUGGUAGGUGGCUGGACCAACACCCAAGGCACUCAGAAAGGACGUCUCUGCUAGUGACCUCUGUGACUCCCCCUUGUCCCCCAGGUCCACUCCGUGCCCCAGCGUGAAGCACGGCGAUGAGUGGGGUGAGCCCUCAAGGUGUGACAGUGGGGACAGCUGUCAGUACUGCCAUUCGCGCACGGAGCAGCAGUUCCACCCUGAGAUCUACAAAUCUACAAAGUGCAACGACAUGCGCCAAACCGGCUACUGCCCUCGGGGUCCUUUCUGUGCCUUUGCACACGUGGAAAAGAGCCUGGGAAUGGCCAACGACUGGAGCUGCCGAGACCUCACCCCCACCAGCAGCUGCACGGCCAAUAGUGGCCCACCUGGAAACGCAAAGCGGAGGGACUCACCUGCUGAAGGCAACCAGAAGGCCAGUGAGCACGACAGUAAGCAGAACCACCUGGCGGUGUUUACAAUGGUUCAUCCGCUUGCUCCCAGCGUGAGCUCCAGCGUGGCGUCCAGCCUGGCGUCCAGUGCUGGCUCCAGCAGCUCAUCCCCCACCGCUCUGCCUGUUCUCUCGGCCCGUGCCCACCCACUGGACCCCACUGGCAGUGCCCUCGAGUCUGUCCCAGGUUCUGCCUUAGAUCUCCAUCUUAGUGAUGUAAGCCUUGCUCCCCUGGAUAAGGAGUUGGACGAGCAGGACGGAAGUGACCUGGGACCCACAGGUCAGAGGUCGCUGGGGGGCUCGGAGCCCCUCACCAUCCCCGGCUGCCUGGCCCGCUCCCCGUCCCUGCACUCCUCGUCAUCCCUGUCCACCUCCCCGCUCAGCUCGCUCUCCCAGUCCCUGUCGGGGCCUCUUGUCUCCUCGGCCAUGACGCCCCCCCAGCAGCCGCCACCCCUCAAGUCGGAGCCCAGGGUGCUCGGCUCCUCGGCAUCGUCCUACAACUCUCUAGGUUUGAACGGAGUCCCCGGGAGCAUCUGGGACUUUGUUUCUGGCAGCUUCUCUCCCAGCCCAUCCCCCAUUCUGAGCGCCGGCCCCACACCCACUGCAACUGCAAGUCCGAACGGUGCGGAGCUGGCGCGGGUGCGGCGGCAGCUGGACGAGGCCAAGAGGAAGAUCAGGCAGUGGGAAGAGUCCUGGCAGCAGGUGAAGCAGGCCUGUGACGCGUGGCAGCGGGAGGCCAAGGAGGCGAAGGAGCGCGCCCUGGCGGCCGACAGCGCCCGGCAGCUGGCGCUGCAGAGGAAGGAGGAGGUGGAGGCCCAGUUUCGGCAGCUGCGGGAGGAGCUGGAAGGCCGCGGCAUGUCCACCCUCCCUGGGCUGCGGGGCUGCGGCGACAUCGGUGCCAUCCCGCUGCCCAAGCUGCAUUCACUGCAGAGUCAGCUGCGCCUGGAUUUGGAGGCGGUGGACGGGGUGAUCUUCCAGAUCCGAGCGAAGCAGUGUGUGGUAUGCGGAGAGCGGGCCCGCGGCGCCGUCCUGCAGCCCUGCCAGCACCGUGUGCUCUGUGAGCCCUGUGUGGCCAGCGCACCUGAGUGCCCCUACUGCGAGGGCCAACCCCUCCAGUGGUGACAGCAGCCAUGGUGGCCUCACUUCCUGGUGCCACCGAUGUCGGGACCCCAGCCCUAGCCGCACCGUUUCAUGGUAUAUUCUCGUAUACCUUAAAGGCAAACCCACAGCACCCACCUGCCCGCAGGUGGGCACAGUAAUUACAUGGGAUUUGCGGUCCUGACACUACUGUGACCAUAUCCUGGGAGUUCGAGUCCCAGCCAAGCACUUUGUAAACCGAGGAAUUUACAGUCUCAGUUGCUAUAAGCUGCUUUCUAGGUUCAUGUUUUUUUAAUAUGCGAUAUGAAGCUUUGUAUGUGUACUGUGAACUUAAAAUAUUUCCUAUCAGUUUAUUGUAAUUCAUAGUAUGGUAAAUAUAUUAGAUUUCAUAUUCUGAAAUUAGUACUUAUGAAAUGAACAUUUAUCUAGUAGUGAGAAAUGCCUAGGAUUUUUAUAGGUUUUAAAUUAAGUGCAAAUAGUAUUUAUAGCAGAGUGAUUAUUGAAAGACAUACAUUUAGAUGUUUUUAAUUUUAUGAAAGGAACUGUUCCUAACCCUGUGCACGCGCACACUAAUUGGAGUUUUAUUUCCCAGCACCGUGAAAUGAGGGAGCUCAAUCACGCAUCUAUGACCCGUGGCCACUUUUUCUAAGUGCCUGUGCCUUGCAAAAGAAGUGAAGGGAAUGGUUCAUUUGGUUUAUUUUCUCCCUUGAAACUUUGUAAGAUGAUUUGAUACUAGUGAAAAGUGCAACCAGGGAGGUACAUUCACUUCACAGAGCCGCUUUGCAGAGCCUAACGGGCAGUAGUGCUCCCUGCCUUCCUGGCGCUGGCCCCUGGGCACUCCCCACACCUGGGACCACCUGGACUCCUGCAGAGUGGGACAGGCUCGCCAGUCUUCGGCAUGUUUGACUUCAAGGCGACACUUCUGACGCUGUAGUCAGAACUGUGAGUCCAGGUAUUAUCCGUCAUUCGUGAGGACCUGGCUCUGCUGCUGGUCCCCUGGCCCCCAAGUGGCAGCCUGGCUUCAGAGCCACAGCAGAAAUUCCAGAGAAUGGGUUUGAUAUUAGUGAUGACUCGAAUCUUCUCUGGUCUGCAAUGGGUCAUUUUUUUCUAGAAAUCUGAGAAAAAGUAGAUGUCUGUAGUUUACACCAACUUUGUUCUCAGUGAAGCCCAUCUAGAUUGCUGCGAGAAAAUCUUUGCGGAACCUGCCACUGGGGGGCAGGAGCAGGUACUGGCCCCUCCUAGAAGGAACACUGACGGGUUUCUACUUGUCUGGGGCUUUGCCAAAGAAUUUUAAUAGCAUUUUUAAAGUGCAAAGUGACUAGGUAAAAAUUUUUAUCAGUGACCAAAUUAGGAUGUAUUUACUAUAGUAAUAAGUUUAAAACAUUUUUUAACAUAAGACAAACUGAUAAAAAGUCAUUUUAAAGGUGGAUCCAUGACAUUCCGCAGCUAGUGCGCUACUAAAGGUUAACUGUUUGACUUGGUUUUAGUGACUCUGUUUUUAAUUAUAGUGACGAUUUAUUAGGUCUUAGAAAUAACAUAUUUUGUGCUACUGUUAUCACUGUUUAAAAUUAUUUUUAUUAAUAUUUAUGCACCUGUUUUCCAUUUUAGGCCACUGGCCUUUUUGGGGAUAGCAGGACAGUGUUUAUUACUGAUAUCUAGCCUAGACAUUUUCAGAUUAUAAACGAUUAAGAACAAUUAAGCUUUAGGUCUAUUUAUAAGCUACUCUGGUCAGUUCUGUGGAGUUUGGGGGGCCAGGGGUGUAGUGCUCACAGGGGUACCACAGCUGGGGUUGGGGUGCAGCCCUUGAGCACUCACCCUUCUCAGGUCAGGACUGGCUCUGAGAAUAGAUGUAUGGUGGGAAGACCAAAGAACCAUCCAGAAUGGAACCCCCAGGGUGCCUGGGGGCUGUUAGGGCUGUCACUGCAGUACACUCCCGGGGGCUGCUCCUUGGGGUCCUCCCACCCCUGCAAUGGCCCUGGUCUUCUGAGGGAGCCACCUUUUGCACGCCUCACAGGCUGAGCUGGGGACAGGCCUGCCCUCUAGGGGUUUCACCGUCCCAUCUGUGGGUGAAGAGGGGAGUGCUGGGUGUAGCAGCGGAAGCCAAGUGGUGCUCAGUGUGUCUCAGCUCUAGUGCUCAAUAUUAGCGGUAAUAUCAUUGUCACAUUAUUCAUGUAACUGAUCAGCAGACCUCAACUCAGUGUGUGGACGCUUCAUGUGGACUAAUUUAUGGAAGCCCCCAAUCUGUAUGUUUGUUCUGAGUAUUUAGAUGAGAAUGUUAUUGGAAUGGAAUUUCCUUAACCCAGAAGGUAGUAUUUAUAAUGCGUAAUCAUUUACUUGUAGUGAAUUGUUUAAAGUUGUUAACACUUGUUUAAAUUUUUUUACACUACAGCAUUUAUGCAAUGGUUUACAGAAUUCAUGGAAUUAUUUUUAUCAGUAUGGAAUUAAAACUUUGAAUCUUUAA